AUGCACGCGCUGCUGCAGGAGGUGCUGGCGGCGCCGUCGCAGGAGCAGAGUAAGUAUCGAGAGUCGGUCUUGACAUGGUGCGAUAGUGGCCUCGUGUUGCAAGAUUGCGUCAUCAUGUGUCGAGUUGCUUACAUCCACGCGUCGUACAUCUACGGUUUCUUGGGCCUGGCCAGCGUCAAGUGGGAACGAUCCCAGAGGCGCGUGGAGCUGGAUAGAUCGAUGGAGCCUGGCCCCCAACGUCGCCCCCCUCGGACGUACCAGCUGGAGGCGGCCUACCUUGCUAGGGAAGAGCGGGCCGUCAUCGAGUCAUGCCACGCCCUGAUCAUGGAUGACGCUGCAUUCGACGGUCUCCCCCUCAGAGAUCGCACCCACGUGUACCAGACGAUGGCGUUCCAGAUGCUUGCUCGCAGUGCCUGUCGCUUUCAUAGUCUUGUUGACGAGCUGAGCAACUACCCCUACAAGUUGUUCGGCACCCUUUCCAACGGCGCCCUUGCGUCGGAGAUCGCAGACGACAUGAAGUGCUCUAAGCGCAUGGACGCGUUCUCUCGACAUUUCACUGGCUGUCAUGGUGGUGUGCACGCAGUCGAUGCAGGCAUGGAGUUGAUGGCGAUUGCGUUGAAAGCUCGUCGUGAUCAGGUGUCGAUCGAGAGGAACCAUGGGGUACUUCGUCGGUUCGUUCUUGGAUGGUCGCCCCAGGGGAGGGCCAUCGACCUGCACGGCAUGAACGCCGAGUGGAUCUCCAAGGGCAUUCAGAUGCAAGCUUCUGGGCUGUGGCGGCAGAUAUUCAACGAUAAGCAACAUGAUGCAGCCGUUGACGAAGGGGGCGAUGAGGACCGAGGAGGCGCCAGUAGGGGCGCGGCGAGGAAGCGGAGGUUGUCCGAGUGGAGCGUCUUCUGCAGCGAGCAGAAGCGCGGGAAGUCCAUUGCAGAGAUGCCGACGUUCGCGCAGUUGAGCACCAGGUACGCGGACUUGUCCCCUGACGAGUUCGCUGCUUUGACGAGACGGGCUGCAGAGGCUAAUUGUGCUGUCGAUCAUGGCUCGGCGGCGCCGCUGGGGCUUCGGCGCAGGCGGGCUGCUCUUCCCGAUGCGGGCGCUGCCCCUGGCGCCGACGCUGGCGUCGUCGCGGUCGGCGGCUUCGCAGCCCUCGAUUGGGACGGCCUCAUGGCCGCGAGCAGGCUUCGGAGGCAGGAGGCGCAGAGGGCGAGGGCUGCGGAGAAGGAGGAGCUGGAGCGCCUCAGGGCUUACGACGUGGACGCGUCGGGCUGCCUAGUGGAUCGCGCCAUGGCCGCCAUCGGCGACGGGGCCAGGCGCCACGCGCCAGACGUAUCGAGCUCGCCGACUUCUACGGACUGCUUCCAGCAUUUGGAGCUCAAGAACAAGAGCGUUCAGAAGAUGACGGGGUCUAUUUUAUCGCACAGCGGUCGGCACCAGCACGCUCGGCUCCUGCGCGCGCAGCUCGACGAGGUCUGGGCCGCCGCCCACAGCACCAUCCAGCACAGGCCCGUCCCCGACGUCAGCAGCAACGCUGCGAACCCGCCAACUCUGAAGACCCGCCUCUGCCACGCGGCCAACGCGUGCCUGUGCUCACCCCUCGGGAAAGCACACGUUGCCAUGCGGGCCAAGCUCCACAGGAUCGUGACGUCCCAGUUCCCCAAGGCUGACGGGCAGGACGCCCUGCUCGGCGCUGAGAUCGUUCUCCUGGUUGUCCCAGCGCCUCGACCCGCCGCCGACGGCGGCGAGGGCGUGGGCGUCGGCGCCCAGCCUGGUCCUGGUCCUCGUCCUCGCUGGUUCUUCCUGGCCGACGUCAAGCUUAGGCCGUUCACGUUGUUCAUCCACGAGAUGGAGGCAUCCGACGAGGGGGAUAGUGUUGACGCGUCGAGGCGCGCGGAGGGCAACCCAGGGCAGUUGGCAUUGAGCCGCGCGCGCCUCACCUCGCUCACAACUAACUUUACUGACUGGACGGCAGUUCGCGAGUUCAGGGCCGAUAUCGCGUGGGACGUGUGUUUCUUCAGAGUCGGCUACACGGGGGAGCUCGUUGGCACGAUACAGGCUCGAUAUCUUGACGUCGUCGCGUUGGGCGGCGGCCUCGUCCAUGAGUGGUGGAGCCCAUCGAAAGCUAAGAAGUUGAGUGCGGGUCAGAUGCUUGCUUCGUGGCGCGCUGCUGCGGAGGGCGACGACUCGGACGAUGGCGAGGGGCCUGGCGGCGACGGUGGCGCUGCACCUAGCGGGGACGCUCCACCUCCUCCUGAUCCUGUAGCGCUGGAACCUCGGGACCGUGACGUGGUGCAUUUCGACAUACCUGGUUUGGGCGCCAUUGUUCAUUAUGCGACGUCUGGGUUCUACGCGCACUGCCAUGACGAGCUGCACCGCGACGACGGCGCGGGUGCCAGGCGCAAGAAGGGCCAGGCCGCCGACCCUCGUUCCAGCCAUUGUUGCAGGAAGAAUCGCAUUGGUAUCAAGUGCAAGCGUACAGCGCGGGGGACUGGUCGACCCCUGGGCUUCUUGGUAUGUUGGUUAAGGGAGCACGGCUCCUGGGCAACUGCGGAUGAGCACAAGUUGAUGUUCGGGUGCUCGCUGGGAGAUCGGCGCGCUGCCAGGGACUGGUUGAAGACCCUCCCUGGCUCGCACGUGCUGUUCGAGUGCGAGCGCGAGAAGCUCCCAG